GUUUCCUUCCUCAUUCCAGCCUGGCUCAGCCACUCCGUGAGCUGGUGGAGGUGCUGGGGCUUUCCAGAGGUGUAAACUCCCAGAUGUCGCAACCUGCGGCAUUCCCCAUGUGCUGCCCAGGGCCAGAUUUCUUGGUCCAGGGAACCUCCUGGAUGCUCAGUGUGGGAGGCCACCCGCAUCUUCACCCACUGCCUGCGGCUGCCAUAGCUCCUUUCAUUUUCACUUUGCUCCUCACCAGGUUUUCAGGAACUAUGUGGCUCUGCCCUCAGCCCCGGCAGCGAGCCCAGGCGCUGCCUGCAGCAGCAGCAGCCUCAGAAGGGAGCCAGAGGUGGUGUUUAUCCGGGCUGGGCACCACGCACAGCGCACGAAGCCCGGGCAGCUCCCGGUGUCCUGGCCCUGGUCGCUCCGAUGUCUCAGGAACCGCAGCGCCGGAGCAGCCCCGCUGCCCUGCUCAUCCCCAAGCCCCGGGAAGGGCGGGCGCAGCGCGCGGUGUACGUCCUCCUGGCCACCUGCACCGCGGCGCUGUGCCUGGCUGGGGAGCCCCUGUCCCCCGCUGCCCACCGCGUGUCCGCCCACCUGGCUGCCCUGCAGAUCGGGGCCCUGCUCAAGGGCUGCUGCUGCCUGGCAGAGGAGAUCUUCCACCUCCAGUCCAGAUACCGCGGCAGCUUCUGGAGGGCCCUGAGCGCCUGCUUCCCACCGCGCUGGCACCUGGCCCUGCUGCUCGUCGGUGGCUCAGCCUACCUGGACCUGCAGCAGGGAGAGAGGCUCAGCCCCCACCUUGCCCUGACCUGCCUGUGCCACCUCCUCGCCCUCGCCCUGGGGCUCCAGAAGCCCUCGGCGGUGGAGAUCUCGGAGAUGACCGAGAGGUCCCAGCAGAACGUUGCUCACGGGCUUGCCUGGUCUUACUAUGUGGGGUACCUGAAAAUAGUUCUGCCACGCAUAAAGGAGUGUAUGGAGGAAAUCAGCAGAGCCAACCUCAACGUGUGGGCGUGCAGGGAGACCUGGAAGCUCCACAUCUUGAUCCCGCUGAGCUGUAACGUCUGGGAUGACCUGGAGAAAGCUGACAGCAAUAUCCAGUACCUGACAGACCUCACAGAAACCACCCUGACCCGAGGCGGCACCAAAAAAAGGGUCUACAAGCACAGCCUCUACGCAAUCAGGGAUGGGGACAACCAGGCCAGGCACUGUGCGGUGGAGUUCGCCACGCCGCUGCAGACGCUCUAUGCCAUGUCUCAGGACGAGUGCGCUGCCUUCAGCCGGGACGACCGCCUGGAGCAGGCCAAGCUUUUCUACAGGACCUUGGAGGAGAUCCUGAGAGGCUCCAAGGAGUGCGCAGGAACCUACCGGCUCAUUGCGUACGAGGAGCUGGUAGAAGCCGAGCCCCACUUCUUGUCCAGAGAGAUCCUCUGGCACCUGCGGCAGCAGCAGCAGGAGGAGUUCACGGUGUACGAGGGGAGCCCCCCGCGCACCCUGGCCACAGCCCUGGGCUCAACAGAUCUCAGCCUCCAGAUCAGUGCCUCCGACCUGCCCCAGCCCCUGCGGAGCGACCACCCCUGAGGCCCCUGUCCUGCAGCAGGAGCCUCCCGCAGGAGCCCCGUGCUUCACAUUUACAGCUGACCCAAACCACAGCCCUGUUCCAUUUCCUUUGUUUCGUUGUAUAUUUCUGAUAUAUUAUAUAGAGAAUCAGAAUCACAGAAUCAUCUAGGUUGGAAGAGACCUCCAAGAUCGCCCAAUCCAACCUCUGACCUAACACUAACCAGUCCUCCACUAAACCACAUCACCAGGCUCCACAUCUAAACAUCUUUUAAAGACCUCCAGGGAUGGUGACUCCACCACUUCCCUGAAUACACAUUAUUAUUUUAUUAUUUUUAUUUUUUAAUCUGCUUCAAUUUUUAUCAUAUAAAGCCCUUUUCUCUGGGGCAAGUUGGUGAUCACAAGUCCUGGGAAUGGCACACAGCCUGCCCCCAGGCACCCUGCAGGGCUGACAUCCCAGCCCCGCACGUGUAGGUGUGCGCUGGGCCAGGCGAUCCUGGCUUUUUAAGGGGCUGACUUUGGGUUUUCCUGCUGGCCCCAGGCAGGGGCUGAGCCUGUGCCCCGUUCUUGGCCCUCAGCUGCCCGGCUCCUUUUUGCAGCUCUCCUCCCAGAGAUGCUGGAUGCACCUCACUCAUCCCACGGCUCCCAAAGCCGUGCAGACAGCCCGGGACAGCUCUCAGCUCACGGGGCUGGGAACGGCCGUGGCAGCACUUUCAGCAGGAGUACAGGUGCCCUGCCAGGUCUCAAGCCUCAUAUUUCAGUGGUCCUGACUGAGAAAAACUACGUGGCUGGAUGUGGAUGUCUCUGAUUCCUCAGGCACCUGGUGGAUCAGCUUUGGUGAUGGCUGGGGCUCCCAGUGGGCACGAAGGCAGCUCCAGAGGGCAACGUGGCACAGCAGAGGGGCUGAGGAGCAGCCUUGCUGCACUGCAGCGUGAAGGGCUCCAGCACAAGGGCGCUGCUUCAGCUUUGUCUGCUCCGCAGAGGCAGCAUUGGACUCGCCUCCGUGCCACCCUGUGUCCCCCUCUGAGCGCAGGGAGAAAAGCCUGGGUGCAAACCGAGGCACAGAAAGCCCAUAACCUAGCACCUAACCACCCUGUGAAGCCUCUGGGCCCACUCUCCCGACCUGGAUGAGCACAAAUGUGGUGACACCUUCCUCACCCCAAGGGUGACCCCCUCUUUAAGGGAUCAGCUGCAGCUUACUCCUUUCCCACCUAAAGCCAGUUAAGAAACAGCUCCCGCUCAUUCUGCCUCACCUCAGCUUUCCUUCCCAGGACAAAGCUGCUCGUGGCUAGCAGCUGCCUCUCAGCAAAGCAGCCCAGGCAAACGAGAGAGCUCCAUCUGUCAUGCACCAGGAAGGACAAGAUGGGAAAUGCUUCUCCCCAGCUCCAGCAAGCUUACAGAAGAGAUCUGUCUGCACAUCGGUCCCGCUGGGAUUUGGAAUUGGAACCCACUGCAGGAUUUGGUAAACCUUAAUCCAAAGCCUAAUCUCUGGGUAUUGCAUCUGCACAAAAACCAGAAGUGACAGAUGAAAGGUGAGGGACCCCUCAAUGGCAGCGGGAGCACACACCCCUCGUGCAGAGAGUCCUGGACCGAGGGGUCUGGUCCCAGUGCUCCUGACGCUGCUCAAGAGAAACAAGGGCCAAGCAAAUGGCAAGGUGACAGCCUUCGCUGGCAGAGCAUGGCAGGCAGGGCUGACAGAGGCAGGAAUAGCAAGCCCCAGAAGGAAGGGGAAGCUUGCUGCCCAAGCUGGCAAGCAGAAGAUAGCCAUUAGGGACAGCCAUUAGGGAUGGUUUUCCCUCAGCCUCCCUAACAGCACAAAUUGCCCAAGUUUUUGCACUAAUUGCAGCUUUCUCUGUCAGCCCUGACCCAGGGCUCCCCAGCUUGUGGGUGGGUGAAGGUGCCGCAGGGCGUCAGCAGCACAGCCUGGCCUGCUGCUGGCUGGCACUGGCAAAGUGGUGGCACCCCCAGCAGCUGUUGUCACCAGUGUGCCUGCUGGCAGGAGAGGACAAAAGCCCCUGAUAUCCCUGGGCAUCCCCUGGGGCCCUGGGCACAGCCAUGCUUCAGCAAUACCCAUGCCACAGCACCCUGACUGCCAGCAGGAGUUAGGUCUGUGCAGGGCGCACAAAAUCCUAAACCUGAGCAGCUGAGCACAAGCCCUGGGGGCCAGAAGCACGGCCAGGAGAGGUGCCUGGCACUGUGCUGCGAGCCCCAGCUGGGAUGGAGUUAAGUUUUCCUGCAGUGGCCCAUACAGCAUCGUGUCACACCGAUGCUUUGUCUACUGCCUGAGCAGUGAUGGCACAGCACCAGGACUCUCUCCAAGCCCCCCGGGGCCUGCAGGCUGGGGUGGGCAAGAGGUGGGGAGGGGACGUGGCCAGGGCAGCUGACCUAAACCAACCAAAGGGAUACCCCGUGCCGUAUGGGGUCACGCUCAGCAACAAAUCUGGGAGAGGGGAAGGAGAGGGAGGGCUCUCGUUAUGAAGACACCUGCCCUGAGCAGUAUCGAGGCCUUGCAUCCCAGGAGAUGGCCAGACAUUGCUCGCUGAUGGGAAGUAGAAAAUAUUUCUUUCCUUCUCUCUGUGCUUUUCUUUUUCCCUUUUUUUUUUUUUUUUUCAUUUUCCCUUUAAUUAAAUUACCCUUAUCUCAA